ACGUCAGGAAGGAAGUGCUUCCUUAAGAGGAGAAGGUGCCCGGACAAAUGCAGGCAUCCACCUCUCUCGGUAGCGCAUGCCGCACGCAGCUGGCGGGCAAGCGCGUCGUCAGCGGACAUCGCUACCCAAAUGCCCGCAUUGCCCUGAAGCCGGCUAAGAGCGGCGCAGUGGCCUCGGCGGUGGUCGCCGAGGACAAAUGGCUUGCUCGGACCGUGAAGGAGGUGGCGACGCCAUCCAGCCUUGCCGCUCUGCGGGAGCAAUCGAAGAGCGCCCUGGCGACGCUGCGCAUGCCGACGACACGCAACGAGGACUACCGUUUCACGGACAUCGCACCGCUGCUGCGGACGAACGUGCAGCCCGCCGCUGCCGGCGCCGCCGUGCCGUCUGAGCUGCUGGCUGCCCACGAGCUGCCUGGCGCCGCCGCGCGCCUGGUGGUCGUGGACGGCGUGUUGCGGCCGGAGCUGAGCUCGGGGCUGUCAGGACUGCCGGCGGGCACCUAUGUGGGACCGCUGGCAGGGGCGCCGGAGGCCGUCAAGCAGAAGCUGGGCUCGCUGUCCAACUCCCGCGGCGGCCCCUUCGCCGUGCUGAACGGCUCCCUGGUGCCCGAGGUGCUGGUGGUGGCGGUGCCAGCGGAGAGGCAGCUGGAGGGGCCGCUGUUUGUGCUGCACCUGGCCUCGGGCGCCACCGGCGCGGACGAGGUCGCCGCCAACGCGCCGCGGCUGCUGCUGCACGCCGGCACGGGCUCCUCCGCCGAGCUGGUGGAGGAGUACGUGGCGCUGCCGGGCGGGCGGCGCUACCUGACGGUGGCUGUGGGGGAGCUGUUCCUGGAGGCGGCCGCCAGCGUGCGCCACUCGUACGUGCAGCGCGAGGGCGAGGGCUCCUUCCACUUCAAGAGCACGCUGGUGCAUCAGGCGGAGCGCUCGCAGUACACUCUGGCGGAGGCCAGUGUGGGCGGAGCCAUCGCGCGCCACGACCUGGUCAUUCAACAGGGCGGCCCCGAGACGCACACCCAGAUGAGCCACUUCCUGCUGUGCGGCCCCAGCCAGACGCACGACCUGCACUCGCGCCUGACGCUGGACCACCCCCACGGCACCGCCAACCAGCUGCACAAGUGCAUCGUCAGCCACGCCAGCGGCCGCGGCGUGUUUGACGGCAAUGUCAAGGUGAACCGGCUGGCCCAGAAGACGGACGCGGGGCAGCUGAGCCGCAACCUGCUGCUGGUGCCGCUGGCCACGGUCAACGUAAAGCCCAACCUGCAGAUCAUCGCAGAUGACGUCAAGUGCACACACGGCUGCGCGGUGUCCGACCUGCGCGACGACGAGCUGUUCUACUUCCGCGCCCGCGGUAUCAGUGCGGAGUCGGCCCGCCAGGCGCUGGUGUUCUCAUUCGGCGCCGAGGUGAUCCAGCGCAUGGGGCACCCUGUGCUGCAGAAGCGCGUGCAGGACGACGUCAGCCGGACACUACUCAGCGCGGAGCCGUUCGCGGCCUCGGCGUAAGAGCGCGAGUGUGUGGUAGUUCGUUGGUGCCGUCAGCGGAGACGCUGGAGAUGGAGGCGGAAGUGGUGGUGGUGUUCGUGCAGGCUAGAGGGAGCGGGGAGGGGGGCUGGGAAAGUGGGGUUUAGGGCGCUGCUUUUUGUUGACUGUGGCAAUUCAGAGGCGCGGUCUGGAGCCUUGACGGGUUUACUAAUGGGCUGCUGGCAAUGGCGGGGGCUGAUGACAACCGGUUACCCAGAGGACUAUUGACAGGGUUGGGCUUGAGGCGCAGCGUGAGGGGUGUGAGGCGCCGGGAGCGCGGGCCGGAUCAAGACAGUUGCAUUCUUAUGGCUCUCCGAUCCAAAGAUACACCUUCCGGACUGAGGGAAGGCUACAUGAAUUCUGGGCGUGCCUGCCAUACACUGUGCUUGCGCCAAGUCGGACAGACUUGGCAGCUGCUCGGUAAAUGCGCGUUUGCAGGGGGAGACCUUUGACAGUUUGGUUUGGUUUGUGCCUGCUGUGCAUGUGCUUGACAGCGGGACGUGGCUGGACACUUUGCGGCGGGCCGUGCCCGUAGAAACCGCCCCCGGCUAAUGUCCGGGAGAUGAGGUAGACGCUUGCGGCCUCAGACGGGCGACGUGGCGUGGGCGCAGCCCACUUGUCGCUUGGUGGGGAAAUCUAUCUGGGGAGAGUGACUGAGUGAGACGUUUCAGGGUUCAUUGCGGAUUGCAGGGGUGACUGACUUACUGUGAGACCUCGCUGCGAGUCGCUGCAUGGAUUAGCGGGGGGAGGCGGCAGUGCAGUGACUGUACGUUCAUGCGCUGGCGAGGGUGGGCUGUAACCCCAGUGAACGAAAUGAGCACUCCAGCCACUCCAGGUUAUGGCAGCGCGCAUUCCUCAAUCAAUGUAACAAUGUGCU